UUCGGCUUCCUCGAGGCCCCAUUACUUAUCAUUCAAGCUCCUUAACACACAAGUCUAUUAUACUACCCUUUUAGCUGUCCGUUCGUCUGAGCUGACUCAACCAUUCCCAUCUUUUUUCUUUCUUCUUUUCUUUUCUCUUCAUAUCAUUGGGCAUGGCGACCUCCAAUGGUGGUGUAAAACAACCUCAAGAAACAGCUGAAACUCGUGUUCACGACGCCAUGAGUUAUGAUGCAUCAAAAGGUGCCAUAAUCCACUCGUUUGACCCGGAUGCCCCUCCAGAACAGAAGGCAGCUGCCGCGGGGAGGCAACGCGAUCAACUAAACAGUAUUAUCCAGCAGGACAGAGAUGUGCAAGGAAAAGAGCUAUCCAUCGACGGAGCGCCCUUUCCCACCAUUACAGUUGAAGACGCUGACGAAGCGACCAACAAAAAGCAGGAGAAAUCGGGCAGUGUUACUCCAUCUGCACCCAUAGUGCCCGGAGAAUAUCCCUCUGGUCUUGCUCCAGCGAUUCCACAUUGGUACAAAGUCGGUUGGCGUGCUGUUGCAAAUAUCGAUGCACCUCCACUUGAAGAAGGCGAGGAGAAAGACAGCCACAUACUUCAGCUUUUCUUGGCUGAGCAAUAUUAUGGCCAGUGGUACCAUAAUGCUGCUCUUAUUUGCUUUGCUGUAUUCGCUUCUCAUUUCUUGACACGAUUCAACUUCGGCUGGGGAUGGCUCAUUAUCUUGCUGUCUAUUUGCAACACCUAUUAUGUUACUUCAAUGACUCGUGUUCGCCGUUGUGCCCGUGACGACAUUCAGCGGGAGUUGAUCAAGACACGUCUUGCGUCCGAGCAUGAAUCCGCUGAUUGGAUGAACAACUUCUUGGACCGUUUCUGGCUCAUUUACGAGCCUGUUCUUUCUAAUACUGUCGUCGCCUCUGUCGAUCAAAUCCUAAGCACCACUACUCCCGCCUUCUUGGACUCCUUGCGCCUCACAACUUUCACCCUUGGGACGAAGGCUCCCCGCAUAGACAAAGUCAGGACAUUUCCAAAGACUGCUGACGAUAUCGUCAUGAUGGAUUGGGGAAUUUCCUUCACUCCCAAUGAUAUAUCUGACAUAACACCCCAUCAAGCAGCGCAAAAAGUCAACCCCAAAAUUGUUCUAUCGGUUCGCCUAGGCAAAGGUCUCGCUACAGCCUCCAUGCCCAUCCUUCUCGAGGACAUCACCUUCAGCGGUAUGAUGAGGAUCAAGUUGAAGUUAAUGGCGAACUUCCCUCACGUGCAGAUCGCGGAUAUCAGCUUCCUUGAAAAACCGGUUAUUGACUACGUGCUUAAACCGGUGGGUGGCGAGUCGCUUGGAUUCGACAUAGCCCACAUUCCUGGUCUACAGACUUUUAUUCGGGAUAUGGUUCACGACACACUCGGUCCCAUGAUGUACGAGCCGAAUGUGUUCACUGUCAAUCUUGAACAACUUCUUUCUGGUGUUCCCCUUGAUACAGCUAUUGGCGUCAUCCAAGUCACUGUUGAGGCUGCUCGUGGGCUCAAGGCGAGCAAGAUUGGUGGAGGCUCUCCUGAUCCCUAUGUCAGCAUCAGCAUCAAUAACCGCGAGGAACUCGCGAGAACCAAGUAUAAGCCGAGCACAUACAAUCCAACAUGGAUGGAGACGAAGUUCAUUUUGGUCAACUCCCUCCAAGAAUCGUUGGUACUUAGUCUCCUUGACUACAACGAUCACCGUAAGGACACUCCCCUUGGUGCCGCCACCUUUAUGCUACAGACGCUACUGGAAGAUGCAACUCAGCAAGGUUUAGAGCUACCCGUUUUAAAAGACGGGAAGGAUAAAGGAAUGAUUCGUUUCGAUGUCAAUUACUUCCCUGUUUUGAAACUUGAAUCUGUCAAUGGAAAAGAAAAUCUGCCUCAAACAAACGUUGGCAUUGUUCGCUUGACUAUACAUCAGGCUAAGGAACUUGAUGCUACACAAUCACUGUCCGGUGACUUGAACCCCUUGUUCAAGGUCUUUCUUGGGAACAGCACUUCAUACACGUACAAGUCUCGAAUCAUCAAGCACACGAACAAUCCUAUCUGGGAGUCAUCGACAGAGUUCAUUUGCGCAGACAAGUCGUCUUCAGUCAUCACCAUCAAGGUGGUUGACGAGCGAGACUUCCUCAAAGAUCCUGUGGUCGGUUACAUGUCUGUCCGGCUGGUUGAUCUUCUCCAGACGGACCCCGCUCUUAGCAGGGAAUGGUGGCCUUUAAGUGACUGCAAGAGCGGCAAGAUCAGGCUCAGUUGCGAGUGGAAGCCACUGAAUAUGGCUGGCGCAUUGAGCGGCGUGGAUCAGUAUGUGCCUCCCAUAGGUAUCAUCAGACUUUGGGUUCGAAAGGCGACGGACGUCAAGAACGUGGAAGCGACUUUGGGCGGCAAAAGUGAUCCGUAUGUGCGAAUAUUAGUGAAUGGCGUCACUCUUGGGAGGACUGAAGUUAUUAACAACAAUCUCAAUCCCGAGUGGGAUCAAAUAAUAUAUAUACCGGUCCAUUCCUUGAGAGAGUCGAUGUUCAUGGAAGUCAUGGAUUACCAACAUUUGACUAAGGAUCGUUCUCUUGGAUCGGUGGAAUUGCGUGUUGGUGAUCUCGCACGCGAGUCGCCAGCUGAUUCACAGCACCGCUACGAAUCAACCGGUGCUAAGGAGGUUGCCGAGCCAAUCCACACCGGCGGCAGUUCAUACAAAGGGCAGCUACACUACAAAGCUGAAUUUCUACCAGCUCUGAAGUUGAAGCAUAUACAUUUUGAGGCAGACGAGAACGAGAUCCAGAAAGCCGCUCACAAAGCUCAGGGUAAUCAUGCUAAUGGUGGUUUGAGUCGCACCCAUAGUUCUUCCAUCGAUGAAGAAGAGCGACACGUGACUGUCGAUCAUGCAGUGACUGAGGCAGAAAUGGAUGGCUCACCUCAUCAAACAGAUUCCAGCGAGUCAGUUCGAGCCAGCGAGAAUGAGGCUGCAAACACGCACGAAGAAGCUUCAUCCCUGACGGAAAAAGAUUCUGCAAAAGAAGGCAUCGAGCUUAGCAAGGAAGAGUUGAUCAAGCAUCAGUCGGGUAUAAUCAUCUUCAACGUGAUAGGCGGGCAUUUGCAUAAGAAAGCUCGUCUUGAUGUUUUCUUGGAUGACACAUAUUGGCCCGCCUUUAGCACCAUGAAAUCGAGAAGUACAAAUGCGCAAUGGGCGCAUGUUGGUGAAGGUUUUGUCAAGGAGCUCGACUUUGGUCGCGUCUGGCUACGCUUGAAUGAGAGUGGGGAUCUCGACAAGGAUGAUGUCAUAGCGGAAUGGAAGGGUGAUACUAAGGCUUUCUUAGAUACUACCCUGAAUCGUCGGUCAUUCUUCACACUCACAGAUGCAGAUGAUCGUUCGUCUACUGUUGAGAUUGAAACCCGCUAUGUACCCGUCCCAGUGAAACUCAUGGCUAGAGAGAGUAUUAACAACCAAGGCAUAUUCCGAGUUGACCUUUUGGCUGGAAAAGACCUCCGUGCCGCUGACAGAACAGGCAAAUCCGAUCCAUUCGCCAUCUUCACUCUCAACGGCACGAAGGUGUUCACAUCCCAAACUAAGAAGAAAACUCUCAACCCUGAUUGGUCAGAAACGUUCGAGGUUAAUGUGCCAUCUCGAGAGGCGGCAGACUUUUCUGUCGAAGUGUUCGAUUGGAACCAACUCGAACAAUCCAAGAGUUUGGGGCAUGGUACCAUCAAUCUGCGUGAUAUUGAACCCUUCGAGGCUGCCGAACAGAUAAUUGAGCUCACCUCGGAAAAACACGGUGCAAAAGGAUAUAUCGCAAUUCGAUUGGUCUUUCAACCGGAGAUUAUUGCCAAGAGUCGAAAGCAGACCUCGACCUUCUCUUCCGCGGGCCGCGCCAUGACUCAUAUUGGAUCAUUACCCUUUGGAGCUGGCAAAGGCGUCGUUCGUGGCAUCGGUCAUGUCUUCAAGAAAGACUUCGGAAACAGUCAUGAAAAGUUAGAUGUUCCCCAUGCUAUACCUGAGGCCGCUGCUGGCCAGGCAUCGCGACCGAUAGGAGAGCACACUACAGACGAAGCUACUAGUGCCCCUACCGCCUCCCCUUUCUUCUCAUUGAGUCGCACACCUUCACUUUCGGGUCCACCAUCAGAGCCUGGAACGCUCAGAGUAACGAUGAUCAGCGCAAAAGAUGUGUCCAUGGCGGACGCUAAACCGUACGCAGUCAUGCGUGUUGGCGACAAGGAGUUCAAGACAAAGCACGGCAAUAAGACAUCAUCGCCAGAAUGGAAUGAGUCUUUCGAUUUUGCUGCUAGUGCACAUAUGUCAAAAUUGCGUAUCUGGAUUUAUGACCAUAAGACGCUCGGAAAAGAUAAGCUAUUAGCUGAAGGCGAGGUUGACAUCUGGCGGCACAUACAAGUUGGCCAGUCGACAGCUGCUGAGGUUACCGUCGAACUUCAAGGCAGCGGGCUUGCCCGCCUCCGUCUUGAAUUUGACGCAGAGAAUAAUCCACUAGCACGACACGCGUCCGUCGUGUCCCUUGAACGAUCGCAGCUACCUACAUCGUCAUCGAGAUUCAGCAUCAGGGGUCGGCGACCAGGGGAGAACUGAUUUACGGCGUAAGAAAUUCUUGAUAUCCUGCUCGGGGCUAGUACAUAUUCAAUUCAUGAUCUAUGGACUGCUGGUUUUAUGUUUCAUUAUUCCUCAUUGAUGUCCCAAAACUUUCGUGCCAUUUAAUUUUUUACGACGUGCUUCCGCUGCCGGAAUUAGCUAGGUGUGGUCCGUGCGAAGCGAAUGAUCAAUAACAAUUCCCUUCCCGCGCGUCGUUCGAUGACAACCUAG